AUGCGUUUCUCGCGGAAGUUGCUGGGUCCCUUCGUGGGUUCUCUGGCUAAAAAGCUCGAUUACUACAGGUUAGAUUCUACUUUGCCCGAGUGCUCAUGACUGUUUUCUUCCCCUUUUCAGUCAGUUCCAACCGUCCUCGCUCACGAUUCAGCAGUAUCUGGAUUUUGGCCGGAUAGGCACUGCUUCAAACUCGUACACUUUCCUGAAGAACGAAUUGCUUGUCAGGCUCGCUAACAUUAUGCAGGUUUGCACUUAUGAAGUGCACCUGUAUUUUGAAGAGAAUUCGUUCAGGAAUUCACUCUCUUGCCACCCAAACUGCUCCAAAUGCCCAGUUCCAAAAUGGUGUCAAAUUGGUACGCGGAAAGCUUCGAAGAUUUGCUUUCGUUCGAAGCUUCGGAUGCUUCUCCAGAACAAGUUUCCAAGUGAGUCCGACACUUUUCCAUCUGAUCAAUAGAUUUCUGAUCCAUAGGUUCAACGACCAGCUGACGGUUGUGCUGAAACGACACGCUCACGUUGUUGAGACGAUGGCUGAAGGACUGAUCGAACUGAGAGAGUCGGACGGCGUCGAUAUUGCCAGCGAGAAAGGAAUUCAGUACUUUCUCGAUCGCUUCUACAUCAACAGAAUUUCCAUUCGUAUGCUUCAAAAUCAGCACCUAGUACUAGAAUUUCAUAUUUUAUUUAUUUCUCUUUUCCUCUGCAGGUUGUGUUUGGAAACGUUCUUCCGGAGAGUCCCCGUCACGUCGGAUGCAUCGAUCCGGCGUGUGAUGUGGAAAGUGUCGUGUACGACGCUUUCGAGAAUGCCCGGUGAGUGAGAGUCUUGCUAUACGACGGAGAGAGUGCGCCUUUUGGGUUUGAUAAGCCGACCGGAGUGGACUGCAUGCGUCUGAGAAGAGUCAGUUGUCAAUUGAGCCGAAAACAAAGUUCAUUUUGCUUUCUAAUUUGUCUGUUCUUUGAGGUGUGUGUGGGAAGGAAAGGGAAGAAGACGAUGCCUGAGAAUAAGACUAAAUCACAGAGUGCGAAAUGCGAAUAACAUGUAAUCAUUUUUGUGCGAUUUCAGUUUUCUCUGUGAUCGUUACUACUUGACGAGUCCAUCGAUGAAGCUCGAAAUGCACAAUGCAGUGGAUAAGGGAAAACCGAUAUCGAUUGUUGCCGUGCCCAGCCAUCUUUAUCACAUGAUGUUCGAACUGUUUAAGGUAAGGCGACAAAUACAGCGUGGCCUUUGUUUUGUAGCGUUGCGCCGCCGCACCCUCAAUGGCAGUUAUUUUGAACGCACCCACGUGCUUGCUGCGAUAAGACGAUUGCGAGAAAAAGGGAAAUAGGAAGGGCAGAGAUCAAAUUAAGGGACUUGCAGAAUGCGAUGAGAGCCACCGUCGAGUUCCAUGGAGUUGAUGACGAUCUUCCUGAUAUCAAGGUGUUUGUGGUAAAAGGGCAAGAAGAUUUGUCGAUCAAGAUCUGCGACCGAGGUGGUGGUGUCUCCCGCACCAUCCUCGAGAGACUCUACAACUACAUGUACUCGACUGCUCCUCCGCCACCGAGAGAUGGAACUCAAGCUCCAUUGGUAACUGAUCUCACUCAUUUCUCUUUUAGAACUUGUUUGAUUUUCAGGCUGGCUACGGAUACGGACUUCCUCUUUCUCGCCUUUAUGCUCGUUACUUCCUCGGUGAUCUGUUCCUUGUCUCAAUGGAAGGUCAUGGAACUGAUGCGUGCAUUUAUCUGAAGGUGCCGUAAUUAGUUCUUUUUCAUAUUAUUAAAAACUUUCAGGCCGUGCCAGUGGAGGCCAGUGAAGUUCUCCCCAUCUACAGUACUUCUUCUCGCCGUAAUCUGACAAUGGGCCCACAGGUGGCCGAUUGGUCUCAUCAUGUGCCCGGACAAGGAAAUCGCCCAGCUCAAACAUGA